AUGAUAUCAAAGCCGAUACAUUUCGUUAGUUAUAAACAGCGACAUUGCACUGAUAUAUUUUGUCUUAUUUUAUUUAUUAUUUUUAUUGUUAUCUAUAUCUUUAUAUCGAUAUUAGCAAUUAGUAAAAGUCAACCAAUAAGUUUCGUUCAUUCAAGUGAUUCAUUUGGUAAUUUAUGUGGACAAGAUAAAUUUGAAUUUCAACCAUAUCAAUUUUAUUUCGAUAUAAGUAAAUGUUUAACUGAUGGUGCUUUUUCAUUUAUUUGUCCAACAACAAAAAUAUGUGUUAGUUCAUGUCCAACACAAUAUACACAUUAUGAAUUAUUACAAAUCACUGAAAUGGAUGGUAUGAAAACAAAAGAUCUUGUACGUCAACAAUUAAUAUGUAUGUAUGAUUUUGAUCCAAUACUUGAUAAUCGAACAAUAACAGAAUUAGUUAAUGAUGGUCUUUGUGCACCAUAUACAUUACCAUCUGAACCAUUUCUUGGUCGAUGUUUACCAUCUGUAUUAACAAAUCUAUAUGAUUAUGAAAAUAAUACUCAAUUAAAUACAAAUAUAUCUGUUGCACAUAUUAAUACUCAUAUGUUUGGUAUAAAUAGUUUAUCGGAUGUUGGUCGAAUUAUAUUUUCUGAUCUUAAUCGAAUUAAACAAAGUUUAAUUCUAUUUAUAUUUAUAGCAUUUAUACUUGUAUUAAUUUAUAUGUUAGCUAUAAAAUUAUUAACUGGUUUAAUGGUUUUUCUAACAAUAUUAAUAUUACUUGUCAUAUUAUUUCUUUCAAGUUCAUUUUGUUGGUAUUCAAUUUAUACAGGAAAUGAUUUAGUUUAUGAAUAUAGUACAGUUGCAAAAAUUGUUAAUGAUUUUAUUAAAUUACGAACAAUUUAUUAUAUAUUUGGUUGUAUAACAACAUUUUUAUUUCUUCUUACUUUAUUUAUUGUUUUAACUUUAUUUGAUCGUAUACGAUUAAGUAUUAUAUUAUUAGAUCAUGGUGCGAAUGCUGUUUUUUCUGUUUUAAGUACAAUAUUUUGGAUACCAUUUACAAUUAUAGUAUUUUGUUUAUUAACAUCAAUUAUUAUUUAUAUUGAAAUGUGUUUAUCAACAGUUGGUAAACCAAUAUUUCGUACAAUUGUUAAUAAUGAAACAAUACCUUGUUUACCAAAUAUAAAUUCAACAGAAUGUAUAUUUCAACAAGAAUAUGGUUAUAAUGAUUUAGUAUUAAAUGAUACAGAUAUUGUUACACGUGGUGUUAUUGAAUUUCUUGUUGAUAAUAAAACAAAUCUUAAAUGGUUUAAUUUAUUUGCUUAUUUAUGGUUUAGUGCAUUUUUAUUUGCAUUUCAAGAAAUUGUUUUAGCGGCAGUUUUCUCAAAUUAUUAUUGGUCAAAAGAAAAAUUAACAACAUCAUUUCCACUUAUUUAUUCAUUUUUUCUUAUUAUACGAUAUCAUUUAGGUUCAAUAGCAUUUGGUUCAUUACUUAUUGCAACAUUACGAUAUAUAAAAAUAAUAUUUGAUUAUAUAACAAAUAAAAUUACAAAAAUUCAAAAUAAUAUUAUUAUUACAUUUCUAUUUAAAUUUAUUUCAUGUUUUCUAUGGUGUUUUGAAAAAUUUCUUAAAUUUCUUAAUAAACAUUCUUAUGUACUUAUUGCAGCACGUGGUUAUUCAUUUUGUAAAGCAACACGCAAAACAUUUGUUUAUAUGAUUAAUAAUUGUUUACGAUUAUUGGUACUUGUACAUUUAACAGAAUGGAUAUUAUUUUGUGGUAUAAUUGCUAUAUGUUCUUGUAAUACAUAUUUAUUUUAUGAAUAUCUUCAAUGGACAGAUGAAUUUGAUCAACUUAUACUUCGUUGGACACCUAUGGUUAUUAUAAUUAUAAUAACAUAUUUUAUUGCAAGUCUUUUCUUUAGUGUUUAUGAUAUGGCAAUAAAAACAUUAUUUAUAUGUUUUCUUGAAGAUUUAGAUGAAAAUGAUGGUUCUAUUCAACGUCCUUAUAUGAUGAAUAAUGAACUUUUAUCUUUACUACACAAAACAAAUACGAUUAAAGAAAAAGAAAACAAAUAA